AUGGAAGGUUUAACAUUGUUCCUUUUUGUUUAUUGCUUAGGUGGUCUCACAUUUCUUCCCCUCGUCGUAAUAGCAAUCCUACUUCACGCAUACUUUACCUUCCCAGUUCACCAUGAUAUCCAUUCGCGGGAAGCUGACGAGUUAAUCCUUCGACCUGGCGAUAAUGCCGAUGCUAUUAAAUCAGCACAGAAAUCCUUGGGAGAAAAGUUCCAACUUCAUAACAACCAUGAGGCAGAUGUAGCUGCCGGAUAUUUCGCUAUAUCCAGAGAAUACUCACCAGGCGGCGUGAACGGGAAGCCGCCAGAACGUACAACACCCGUGGGGUCAGCUACAGUCUCUGCGCCCAGCCCCAGCGUCUAUCAGAGCAUGUACAGAAGCUUGUUCGAGAGGAAGACAAGCAACGGCCCGCUGGAUAAUAAAGCGGCGGGGAAGCCCCAGAAGAAGGGCGGGAAUGUGUUUUACGUGGUCUUGAGGCAUGGGCAUCUAAUGCUUUUUGACGAUGAAGAUCAACUCGAAGUUCGUUACGUAGUGUCCUUGGCACAUCAUGAUGUUAGCAUCUACUCGGGACCGAAUGAUAUUACACCAGAAGGAGAAUUGUUUAUAAAAAGAAAUGCUAUUUGCUUGUCGAGGAAACAGGGUGUUGGUGAGAUAACUGCCGACGGCAAGCCUUCACAGCCCUUCUAUUUGUUCUCCGAAAAUUGCUCCGAUAAGGAAGAUUUCUAUUUCGCACUUCUUCGAAACCAAGACUCGGACUCGACUCCAAAACCGCCGAUUCCAUUGCAGUACGAUGUAAAAGAUAUCAUUACUCUUGUCCAAAGGCUGCAUUCGUCCGAGGAACAUCUUCAGACAAGGUGGAUUAAUGCACUAGUUGGACGUGUGUUUCUUGCGCUGUACAAGACGCCAGAUAUCGAGGAUUUUAUUCGGGCAAAGAUUACAAAGAAGAUAUCGAGAGUCAAGACUCCUAAUUUUUUAAGGCAAAUCGCUCUCCGUAACGUAAACAUGGGAGAGGCAGCGCCGGUAAUCACGAAUCCACGUUUGAAGGAUCUGACCGUAGAUGGAGAGCUCGUUGUAGAGGCCGAUGUUCGCUACACGGGCAAUUUCCGUCUCGAGGUUGCUGCAAUAGCUCGUCUUGAGCUUGGCGCGCGAUUUAAGGCUCGAGAAGUGGACCUAUUAUUAGCCGCCGUCUUAAAGAAGAUUGAGGGGCACAUGCUACUUCGAAUCAAGCCCCCUCCCUCAAAUAGGCUAUGGAUUACAUUUGAGACCAUGCCAAAGAUAGAAAUGACAAUAGAGCCCAUUGUGAGUUCACGACAGAUUACAUACACAUUGAUUCUUCGUCAGAUUGAGAACAGGAUCAAGGAAGUUAUCGCUGAAAGUUUAGUCUACCCAAAUUGGGACGAUUCGCCAUUCGCCAGUACUGUAGGCAAGCUAUGGAGAGGUGGAAUUUGGGCAGAUGACCGGCGCGCGGAACAUUCUCAGGAAGCCGAAGCCGUGUCCGCUGAGCAUGGAGACGUGGACGAGGUAGAGAUUUCAGAGGCUGAACAUGAUGAACCAACAUCUACGCCACAGAUUGAAAAGAGUUACAGCACUCCUGUGCUUGAUACCAACCUUUCUAACACAGUACAUUCACGCAAAGGCACAAAGUCCACUUCAAACCUUAUCAACCCUUUCCCUAGCAGCUCAUCUACUGGAGUAGAUGCGCGACCUUUGACGGGCGACAAACCACGAGUCCUUCGUUCGAGGUCCUUUGCUAAUGCGUCUAAUCCCGUCGUUACUACUGACAUAACAAACGCAGACGCUUUCAAGCCUUCGAGCCCUCCCGAGGGGGACCACGCUGCAACCGCCAUGGCUAAACUUUCCGCCAAAACGAAGCUCCCUGUACAGAGUCCUACUGGGUCUCCCAGCCGACCAACAAACUUCAAACCAAGUAGUAGCCAAUCUUCAUCAUCUUCACGGGGCUCUUCACAUUCCGAGAAGGCUGAUAUGAGCAAUUCCAUACCACAAGUCUCUUUGGAGCCAUCAUCGCUCACGGAUACGUCCAGUAUCAAUUCUUACCCCACAAGUCCAGCAAGUUUAAGUACCACAUCAAUAAGGUCAGAAUUGUCAGCUUCUAAAAACUUUGGUACCCCAAAACGUGAGAAUACCGCAUCUUCAACAAAAUCUUCAGCCUCGGAGAACAGACGACUGUCGCUUGCCGCUGUUACCAAUGCAGCGGCAACGGCUAAAACUUGGGGAUGGAAUGCUAUUCAACGACGUAGCGAGCAGAGAGGGAGCAGCUCAUCGGGAUCAACCGAAACAACCCAGCCACGCCUCAUGGGGCGCGGACAGCCGCUACCUCCUCCCGGCGUUCCUCUACCUCUCCCAGAUAAGAAGACGAAAACGGCUCCAAUCCCCGUGCCUAAGCGGAAGCCAAUGCCUCCUCUUGUUUUGCCACAAAGGCAUGAAAGAGAAUCGCCAACCGGUGGCCAGCAUCACACUGCUCCGCCGCCGCCUUUGCCUAGGCGUAAUUCUAGGAAGGAGGUCGACACUGCAGAUGAUGGUCUUUUGAUUGUGUCAGCGCCGUCAGAACCGACAACACCGGUAACUGAGGAUUCGCCACGAUACAUGCAACCGUGGGUGGAUGACGAGAUGGAUGAAAACAAACAAGCUCAAGCUGACGCCCCUUCACCUGCCGCUCUUUCACCUGCCUCUUCCGUUGCUCGUGAGCCCCCGCAACUUCCAAAGAGGCGGCAUCCACGUCGAGUUGUCUCAAGUAGCCCUGAAGAAGACGGGCAUAAAUUGCCCUCCUGGAUGGCGGCACAAGAGCAAGAAGCUCGGGCUAAAAGUACUUUUGUUGAUGAAGAUGCAGGUCUUUGA